CUUGCACUGGUACUGCGACAGAAAGCAAGCCGGAAAAGAUGAGAUGAGUGAGACUUCCCAGGGGGGAGAACGUAAUCGAGUCCAUCGGAAGACAGAAGGAAAGAGAAGAGCGCAAGAGGGGGGAUAGUGUGGCGUACCAUUCCUUGUCUGGCAUUUGUCUUGAGCCAUAUGGCUCCCUGGGAAGAAACCUCAGCCUUAAUGCAGAACAAACAGAUGGACCGACUCUGGUCGCCCAGCGGGCCGGGGGUGCGGGUGCACAUGUACUACAGUAACUCAGAUCAUGGUGAACUAACGCUCUGGUUCAGUUCCCGAAAGGUUUCUGCUGAGGAGAUCUGCAUCGCUGCAGCUAUCAAGUGUGGGAUUCUCCCAGUUUAUCACAAUCUCUUCUCCUUGGCUUCGGAGGACUUCACUUUCUGGUUUCACCCAAAUUACAUCUUCAACACAGAGGAGACAGGGGACCUGUUGGUUCACUACCGAGUCAGGUUUUUCUUCCAGAAUUGGUAUGGCAAGGAUAACAGACGCUCCCAUCGAUACAGUCUCUCUAAGAGCCGGCUCAGCGCCAUCCUGGACUGCAAUGUCAUCAACUACCUGUUUGCUCAGUCUCGGAGCGACUUCAUCCAUGGACAUCCAGAAGUCUGCCCCAGCCUGAAAAUGCAUGAUGAGUGUUUGGGAAUGGCCAUCCUGGAUAUGCUGAGGAUUGCCAAGGAGAGCAAACAGAAUCUUCAGGAUGUCUGCAAGGAAAUCAGUUACAAGUCCUGCUUGCCCGAGAGCCACCGUCAUGAGAUCCAAAAGCAACACGCCUUGGCCCGCUAUCGUUUUCGCAAAACUCUCAAGCGAUAUUUGCGCCAGCUAAGCAACUGCCAGGCCGAUGAGCUCAGCCUCAAGCUCAAGUACCUCCUCGAUCUGGAGAUCGUGACUCCUUCGUUUGGCACGGAGCAGUUUCAAGUGUGGAAUCCUAACAGCAUCCAUCAGGGCGACAAUGUGGCCUUGCAGCUCAUCCAGGUCUCAGGGGAGAGCGGCAUACAGUAUCGAGCUAUGGAUGCCAGUGAGUGGCAGACCUUCUGUGACUUCCAGGAAAUAAUUGACAUUAGUAUCAAGCAAGCCAGCCGGGACAGGCUAACUCUGGAAAGCCGGGUUGUCACGGUGACCCGACAGGAUAGUAGGUGUCUGGAGGCUGAGUUCCAGACUCUGAAGGAAGCCUUAUCCUUUGUCUCACUCAUCGAUGGCUACUUCAGACUGAUCAUGGACUCUCUUCACUACUUCUGCGAGGAGGUCGCUCCACCAAGCAUCCUGGAAGACCUGGAGAACUGCUGCCACGGGCCAAUCACGUCAGAGUUUGCUAUUAACAAACUGAAGCGGGCUGGUGCCAAAGCGGGAAUGUUCCUGAUCCGACGGAGCCCCAAGGAAUUCAACGAUUACUUCAUCACCAUUUGUGUAAAGACACCCCAUGGAAUUGAAUACAAGGACUGCCUGCUACGGAAGGAUUGCAGCUUUCAUCUCUUUGGUGUCACACGUAACUUCAACAACCUCAAAGAGCUCAUAUUGUACUACCAGAACAACGGGCUGACCAUAGCAGGGGUGCCUGUGGAUCUCAAAACGUGGUGUUCCCCGCAGCCAAAAGAGCUCACCAACCUGAUCGUUGUCAGAAGUAACUGCUCCCUGGAAGCACCGGCGUCACCCUCACUCCCGUGUCGACAGGCCAUUAACGUACAGUUCCAGAUGGUGAAGAAGGAGGAUCUAAAAUGGGGUGACAAUCUGGGUCAGGGCUCAUUCACCAAAAUCUUCCAAGGAUUCAAGAUGGACAACAGAGACGGCGAAGUGCACGAGACGGGGGUUCUUUUGAAAGUGCUGGAUACCCCCCACAAAUCCUGCUGGGAGUCAUUUUUCGAAGCUGCCAGUGUGAUGAGUCAACUUUCCCAUAAGCAUCUCAUUCUUGUCUAUGGAAUUUGCAUUCAUGGAUCAGAAAAUGUCAUGGUGCAGGAAUACGUCAAGUAUGGUGCUCUGGAUCUGUUUCUAAAGAGGAAUCGCAGCACAGUGCAGGUCCGCUGGAAACUGGAUGUGGCCCGCCAACUUGCUUGUGCCCUGAACUACCUGGAGGAUAAGAAAAUCGUUCACGGAAACAUCCGGGCAAAGAAUCUGUUGCUGUCCAGGGAAGGAGACGCGACGACAGGAAGCCCCCCAUUUAUCAAGCUGAGCGACCCGGGGAUCAGUGUGGGAGUGCUGACCAGGGAAGUGGUUUUGGACCGUAUCCCAUGGGUGGCUCCUGAACUGGUAGAGUGCCCAGCAGUGCCAGUGCUGGAGUCAGACAAAUGGAGCUUUGGCACCACGCUGUGGGAGAUCUUCAACAGCGGUGAGGUGCCUCUGCUCGGCCAUGACCUCGAGUCGAAGCAGCGUUUUUAUAAGGACCAAAUGCAGCUGCCUGCCCCACGAUGGACAGAGCUGGCCAACCUUAUCACCCGAUGCAUGCAGUACCAGCCUUCUCUGAGACCAUCUUUCCGUGCCAUCAUCCGGCAGCUGAACAACCUGUUCACAUCAGAUUAUGAACUGCUUUUGGAGCAGCAGUACUGCCCCCAGCAGGAAGAUACUUACUGGAGAUACGUCAAUCUGUCUGAUUCCCGAGACCCCCUGCUCUAUGAGGAGAGGCACUUCCGCUAUAUUUACCUGUUGGGCAAGGGGAAUUUUGGCAGCGUGGAGCUGUGCCGCUAUGACCCCCUGGGAGACAAUACCGGAGAACUGGUGGCUGUCAAAAGGCUACAGCAAAGCAAAAAUGAACACCUGGCUCAGUUUGAGAAAGAGAUUGGCAUCAUGAGGUCGCUGCACAAUGAACAUAUCGUCAAGUACAAGGGGGUCUGCUACAGUAUGGGUCGUCAGAACGUCAAGUUGGUAAUGGAAUAUUUACCAUACGGAAGUCUGCCCGGAUACCUGGACAAGAACAAGGAGUGGGUCAACAGCAAACGCCUUCUUCUCUAUGCCUUACAGAUCUGCAAGGGAAUGGAAUACCUACAGACAAUGCGCUAUGUGCAUCGAGACCUGGCGGCGCGGAAUGUCCUUGUUGCCAGCGAUACGCUAGUGAAGAUUGCCGAUUUCGGCCUUACAAAAGUCCUUCCCAUUGACAAAGACUACUACCGAGUUCAGCACCCCGGAGAGAGUCCUAUCUUCUGGUAUUCACCGGAGUCCAUAGCUGAGUGCAGAUUCUCCCCCAAAUCUGAUGUGUGGAGUUUUGGUAUCGUUCUGCAUGAACUUUUCUCCUUCUGUGAAAGGAGACGCAGCCCAAAACAGUUGUAUCUCCAGCAAAUUGGAAGUGACCGAGUGGGUUUCGUGAUCUCUGUACAUCUCUUGCAACUUUUCGAGAGUAACUGGCGCCUACCGGCACCGUCUCUCUACCUUCCCGAGGUGUACAGCUUGAUGAGGAGAUGCUGGUCACAGAAGCCAGAAGACAGACCAAGUUUCGCACAGCUCCACCAGGAGAUCAUGCUUCUCCGAGAUGAGAGGGAGACCUCCAAAGGCUAAAGGCAAAGGCCCACUUCUUCCAUAGUACUGUAUCUCUGAGGCCAGUUGGCAAUUUUGUGUUGCAGGUCCACCUGAACGGUUCAUCUCCAACAGAGUCACUCAGACGCGAUCAUUAUUAUGACACAUUCAGGUGAUUCCUUCAUCCAAUGUGACUUACCAGAUCAGGAUAUGUUACAUGUGUUGGGAUGGGACAGUGGCAGGUUAAGUGAGUGGCUUGGGGUCGCAGGUGGGAGCUGACCCAAUAGCCAGCCUUGUGAUUAAAUUCCAGUGCAUUUGCCACUAUGCUAUACCACCCACCAUUACUGAAUGGGAAUGAAGACAAAUAAAACCUUGUGUGCUUCUUAUCCUUCUGGAGGUUACCCGGCGAAGUGUUAAGAAUCCCUGAAGAUGUACAUCAUGAUGGCUUUCCCUACUCUGGCUUAUUUGAGUCAGAGAGUAAAGCUUUCAUGUGAACAUGCAAAUGGACAGCCUUUGUAACAGACAGCAUUCUCUACAUAACUUAUUUCAUUUUUCAGUGUUGCAUACAAUGUAAUUUUUAUUCUCUUCUUACUUUCUCAUAUACAAAGUUUAG